GGAACAGCGCGGGUAGUUUCCUUUGAGAGUGCCUGGCUAAUUUAUUAGUUUUAAUUAUUUUAGAUAUGGAUAUCCACAAGCCCAGGAGCAGCAACCAGACUUCAACUUCCCUGAAGCUGUCCAAUGGAUACAUUCUGCCUGAGGGAAAACUGACUCCUAACGCCCUCUUUGUCGGUGGGAUAGACAUGAAGGUGGAUGAAAAUGAAAUGCGGGACUUCUUUGCAAGAUAUGGGGCUGUUAAGGAAGUAAAAAUUAUCACAUACCGUGGAGGGAUCUGCAAAGGGUAUGGCUUUGUGUACUUCAGUGAAGAUGUCAACAUUCAGUCAAUCAUUGAGCAACAGAUCAGUUUUAAGGGCCGAAAACUCAAGCUGGGCCCUGCCAUCAUGAAAGAAAGGAGCUCCCGGUCCGUGCCACCCCGUCUGGUUGGCCCAGCUCCCUGGAUGAGCCCCACCCAGUACUUCUACUGCACUUGCUGCUCACCCGUAGGAGGGGGCAUUGCACAGCCUUCGCCCAUCCUCAGUGGGGGCAACCCCUACAAUCAGCCAUACUCCUAUUCUAACUUUGGAGGGGUAAUGGUGCCACAGAUGCCAGUGAACUACGCACAGAACGCCUACGCCUACCAGUACACUCCACCUCACUGGACGGCGGACCAGAGGACACGGCCUGUCAAUCAGAGCUUUGUGGACUGUGGAGUCCAGACUAUGUUGACUGUACUGUAG